AUGCGCUUCUCCAUCCCUGUCUUCCUUGCCGCCGCUGGCAUCUCCACUGCCUUCGCCUCGCCCGUCGUCAAGGCGCGCGAGGAAAUCGGCAGCUUCGACACCUUCACCGACGAGAACUGCUCUGAGGGCGGCGCCGGCAUAGAUGUUACCAGCGACAAUCUCGGGUACACCUACCUUAACCCCGGUAUCAAGUCUAUCGACAGCCACUUACCUGACAACUGCGCCCUGAUUAUCUGGAUCGACCACCCCAACCAGCCUCCUUACCUUUCCAUCCCCCCAAGCCGCGCCAACCAGUGCAUCACGCUUGAGAUUGACUCCAGCCGCCUCUUCUGGGUCGCUAGCUGCAACUAG